CCCGGAAGCUGCCGACAAGGCCGGCGAAUCCUGCGGCGACAGGUAGGCAACGACGGAGGCGGCGGCAAGACUAUGCAGGGCGGCCGGCCGCUAGCGGCGCGCGGCGCGUUAGUUCUCCGGCGGCGGCGGCGGCGCACGGCGGCUCUCUGGUGAGCGGCGGCGGCCGGAGUGUCCAGCAGGGUGCCGGCCAGGAGGCCCGCGGGGCCCGCGGCAGCGAGACGGACCGGAGCUGGUGGGCGCCUCGCUCUGCCCCGGGGGCGGCGGCGCCAUGUGGAGCGGCCGCAGCUCGUUCACCAGCCUGGUGGUGGGCGUGUUUGUGGUGUACGUGGUGCACACCUGCUGGGUCAUGUAUGGCAUAGUCUACACCCGCCCGUGCGCCCGCGGCGACGGUAACUGCAUCCAGCCCUACUUGGCGCGGAGGCCCAAGCUGCAGCUGAGUGUAUAUACCACCACACGGUCCAACCUUGGUGCUGAGAACAACGUGGAUCUUGUAUUGAACGUGGAAGACUUUGACGUGGAGUCCAAAUUUGAAAGGACAGUUAAUGUUUCUGUACCAAAGAAAACAAGAAAUAACGGGACGCUGUAUGCAUAUAUCUUCCUUCAUCAUGCUGGCAUUCUCCCAUGGCAUGAUGGGAAGGAGGUGCAUCUGGUGAGCCCUCUGACUACCUACAUGGUCCCCAAGCCGGAAGAGAUCAACCUGCUCACUGGUGAAUCUGAUGCACAGCAGAAGAUCGAAGCUGAGAAGAAGCCAGUGAGUGCCCUGGAUGAGCCUAUUUCUCACUGGAGAUCAAGACUGACACUAAAUGUGAUGGUGGACGACUUUGUCUUCGAUGGGUCCUCCCUGCCUGCCGAUGUGCAUCGAUACAUGAAGAUGCUCCAACUCGGGAAGACCGUGCACUACCUCCCCAUCCUGUUCAUUGACCAGCUCAGCAAUCGGGUGAAGGACCUCAUGGUCAUCAACCGCUCCACCACUGAGCUGCCCCUCACUGUGUCCUACGACAAGAUCUCGCUAGGAAAGCUCCGCUUCUGGAUCCACAUGCAGGACGCCGUGUACUCCCUGCAGCAGUUUGGGUUUUCAGAGAAAGAUGCUGAUGAAGUGAAAGGAAUUUUUGUUGACACCAACUUGUACAUUUUAGCAUUGACCUUCUUCGUCGCAGCAUUUCACCUUCUGUUUGAUUUCCUGGCAUUUAAAAAUGACAUCAGUUUCUGGAAGAAAAAGAAGAACAUGAUUGGGAUGUCCACCAAAGCAGUGCUCUGGCGCUGCUUCAGCACUGUGGUCAUCUUCCUGUUCCUGCUGGACGAGCAGACAAGCCUGCUGGUGCUGGUCCCGGCGGGCGUCGGAGCUGCUAUUGAGCUGUGGAAAGUGAAAAAGGCUCUGAAAAUGAUCGUUGUUUGGAGAGGCCUCAGGCCCAAAUUUCAGUUUGGCACCUACAGUGAGUCUGAGCGGAAAACCGAGGAGUACGACACUCAGGCCAUGAAGUACCUGUCCUACCUGCUGUACCCUCUGUGCAUCGGGGGUGCUGUCUACUCACUGCUGAACAUCAAGUAUAAGAGCUGGUAUUCCUGGUUAAUCAACAGUUUCGUCAAUGGGGUGUACGCCUUUGGCUUCCUCUUCAUGCUCCCCCAGCUCUUUGUGAACUACAAGAUGAAGUCGGUGGCACACCUGCCCUGGAAGGCCUUCACAUACAAGGCGUUCAACACCUUCAUUGAUGACGUCUUCGCCUUCAUCAUCACCAUGCCCACCUCCCAUCGCCUGGCCUGCUUCAGGGACGACGUGGUGUUCCUUGUCUACCUAUACCAGCGAUGGCUGUACCCUGUGGACAGGAGCAGAGUGAACGAGUUCGGGGAGUCCUACGAGGAGCGGCCCCAGCAGAAACCCCACACACAUUAAGCACUGGCCUGGGCCAUCGGCGGGCCAGCACUCAGCACGUCUUGGAUGGUCAGCUGCCUGAGUAUUUUUGGAGAUCCCUGGAUGUUACACCUACAUUGCCAAAACCUCUGAACGUUUCUCAUACGUCUCCUGAGCCCCUUUGAGUGGUGUUUGGGAGGAACUGGCUUCACUUCUGAUGCCCCCAGCGUGAAGACGUCCGUCUCAGUCACUGAGACGUUGUGUGCAUGUGGUCACCCUUUGCCAUUGGUGGCACUCAGCACAGGAGCGUCCAGUGUCAGCAGCAGCUGCGCCGUCACCGGUGUCCCCCCACCCAGCGGACUGUGGAGGCUGGGAGGUGCGGGUUUCCAUCUCCGUUGUCUGUAAGUGCUCCUUACGUGAAAUUUCAAAUGCCUCUAAAUCCGUGCUGUAUAGACUCUGGGAACAAAUGGCUUUUUUCCUUUUUGUUUAAAACUUGACUAUUUUAAAGCUUAAUGUAUGUAUGUUUCUAUUUUAAAAUAAAAUAAAUUUCUCUGGCUGUAACACUU